AUGUCGCUGUCGCAGAUGAGACUGCGCAUCGACGGGCGGACGUUCCGCGAUCCCCAGAACCGUGAGGUCACGCUCCACGGCAUCAACUGCGCCGCCGACGCGAAGCUCCCCGCAACCCCCAAUCUCCCCUCGCACGUGUCCGACCGGUUCUUCGACGGCGACAACGUUUCCUUUGUCCAUCGUCCAUUUCCCCUCCAAGACGCAGACACUCACUUCUCACGACUCCGAGGUUGGGGCUACAACACACUGCGCUACAUCUUCACCUGGGAGGCCAUAGAACAUGCCGGUCCAGGCAAGUACGACGAGGAGUGGAUAGACCACACCAUAGCCGUGUUGAGGAAGGCGAAAGCGUAUGGCUUCUACAUCUUCAUGGACCCUCACCAGGAUGUCUGGUCACGAUUCUCUGGAGGUUCAGGAGCGCCCAUGUGGACACUAUACGCAUGUGGCCUUGAUCCCCAGCACUUUGCCGUCACCGAAGCAUCGCUCGUACAAAACACAUACCCGGAGCCAGACAAGUUCCCCAAGAUGAUCUGGGCGACCAACUACACACGACUUGCCUGCCACGUCGUCUUCACUUUGUUUUUCGCCGGGAGGGACUUUGCGCCCAAGGCCAUCAUGGACGGCAAGAACAUCCAGGACUACCUGCAGGACCAUUACUUGGGAGCCAUCGAGCAUCUCGCCCAACGCAUCCAUGAUGCACGCGACCUGGAGUACGACCCCAUUGUCGGGUGGGAAAGCCUGAACGAGCCCAACAAAGGCUUGAUCAGCUACCAGGACAUUACCGUCAUCCCCAAGGAACAGCAGCUGAAAAAGGGCACCACGCCUACCGCGUGGCAAGCCAUGCUAACCGGAUCCGGUCGAGCUUGCGAGGUCGAGACUUGGGACUUUGGUGGCAUGGGACCUUACAAGUCAGGGACAGCGUUGAUCGACCCCGAGGGCAGAUCGGCGUGGCUGUCAAAGGACCACGACGACACCCAUUAUGGCUGGAAGCGUGAUCCCGGGUGGAAGCUCGGCGAGUGUAUCUGGGCGCAGCAUGGUGUUUGGGAUUCAACCAACGACACCGUUCUCCGAAAAGACUACUUUGGGAUCGACCCUAAGAACGGUGCCAGAAUCGACACCGAGUACUUCACAAACCACUACUGGAUGGCACACUUUCGAUUGUACAGCAAGAUGAUCAAAUCCAUUUUCCCCGACUCGCUCAUGUUCUUCCAGCCGCCGGUGCUCGAGAUACCACCCAGGAUCAAGGGCACCUCCGAUGACGACCCCAACCUGAUCUUCUCCCCGCACUUCUACGACGGCAUCACGCUGUUGACGAAGAAGUGGAAUCGAGUGUGGAACAUUGACGUCUUUGGCGUGUUGCGAGGCAAGUACCUGACCCCAGCCUUUGCCAUCAAGAUUGGAGAGAAUGCAAUCAGAAACUGCUUCGCGCACCAGCUCAAGGCCAUCCGGGAAGAAGGCACAGAAUAUACAGGUGUGCACCCAUGUGUCUUCACCGAAAUCGGUAUUCCCUACGACAUGGACGACAAGUACGCAUACAGGACCGGCAACUACAGCAGCCAGAUUGCUGCUUUAGAUGCGAACCACUUUGCACUCGAGGAGAGCCAGGCGAACGGGUUUGCAUUAUGGACGUAUGUCACCACCAACUCUCACUACUGGGGCGACCAGUGGAACGGCGAAGACCUGUCCAUAUUCUCGCUGGACGACAAAGCUGUGCCCGCCGGUAGCUUCUCGCCCUCGGAUUCCCAUGACCUCAGUGUAACGCCGAGCACACUCCAGAAGACCAUGACGGAAGAGCGGAUGCGCUCGAGCAGAAGAGACGGCGAUGUUGCGGGGUUGCGUGCGGCCGAAGCCUUCAUUCGCCCCACGCCAGUCGCCGUACAUGGAGACGUGUCGUCGUACGGGUUCGAGCUCAAGACAUGCACGUUCAAGCUUGCGUUGCACGCACCAAGUUCUACGCCAGAAGACGGGCCAACGGUCGUGUACCUGCCCGAGUUUCACUUCCCAACGUCGACGGUAGAGGUCAGCGGCGGGACAUGGGAGAUGAGUUCGGACGACAAGGACGGAGCUCUGAAGCAGACGCUGCGGUGGCGACAUGCUGAAGGCGAUCAGAGCAUUGUGGUGCGAGGUGUUGUGAGGAAGCAAGGCGGUGCGCUAGGGACGGAAGAAGACGAGGGGUAUUUGCAGCAGUGCCAGAAGCAAAACUGUGCGGUGAUGUAG